AUGUUCAUCAAAAGGGACUUCGACCACGAAGACCUAGACCACUACACAAAGCCCAAAACAAAGCACAAAGCAAUAGUAGUUUCACUCGUCACCGUAAUCCCCGCAAUAGGCAUCAUCCUCCUCCUCCUCUUCCGCCGUCAAGUCGCCAACAUCUGGGUCCAAAUAAGACACUGGACAGUUGGGAUGCCCAAGCCCGAUAAUGUACUCGUUGGAGAGCCGGGUGGCUUGCCAAACACCGCCGAGCAAGCGAGAGCAGACGGAUCUUCCGAAAAGAAUGUUGUCAUGCCAUUCCAGGAUCGUAAUGGAGGCGUUCACGAUACGCAACCUUCUAGGUUCUAG